AUGUCUAUUCAGCAGCCAUUCCUCGCCCAUUCAAUUGUUGCUCUUGCUGGCCUAUAUAUGGUGGACCAAGAUGCUGCCAAGUUUGGCUACAAAACCAAACACGAACUUUCGGAACGCCAUGCAGAUAUCGCUCGUGAAUACUCUCGAGAAUCUCUCGAUGAAAUAUCAGUUGCAAACAUACAAGCCAAUCUUAUUCUCACCCUGCACCAACUAUUGUCCUGGAAGAGUCUCAAGGCAUGGGUGCUUGCGGGAAUUGCAAUACGCCAUGUCCAAGCUCUACGGCUUGGGUCUGAGUUUAACGAUCGUCUAUCAACUCGACAGAAGGAAGUCCACAGACGAACAUUCUGGUCUUGCUUCUUGAUGGAUCGACUGGUAUCUUACUGCUGCUCGCGACCACAGAUGAUUGACUUGGAAACGGUCCGCAUCAACCUUCCAUGUCCUGAGAGCAAUUUUGCCUUUGACGAACUUUAUGACAGUCUCAACCUGAAAACCUUCAGCCCUGCUACUGCUGCGGUUUCUCGUACAGGCAUUCUUCCAUUUUUCAUCACUCUUCUCAGUCUCUGGGGAAGAGCUGGCUACUUCAUGGUCGGUUGGGGACGCAUAGCGACUAAAGAAGCCCCGGCCCAUGCUCAUGGGUGUUUCACACAACUUGAUAAGCAGAUCAAUGACUUCUAUGAUGCACUUCCCUCAAGUAUAAAGUGGUCAGGUUCGAAUUUAAAGCUUCAUCGUUCAACGAACCAAGCGAAACUCUUCGUCACAUUCCAUCUUCUGCUCAAUCACACUAGAUUUGUUAUGCACCAAGAUUAUCUUCCGCAACUAGAUAGCCCUGGCUUGGAAGAGUCUGAGACUGCGGUUCACGAUAAUGCGGGAGCGGCCCCGGACUUCAACAGAAGAACGAUAUCAAUUUGCGUGUCAUCCGCAGAAAAUAUCGCUGACAUCAUCUCAAUGUUAUCUAGCCAGGAACCAUCCCGUUCAGUCGAACUGCAGUCCGCAUUUGCCGCAAAUGCGAUGAUCGCUGCUGCUGGCGUCCACAUGUGGAUUCGGCACACAGAGGGCCUUUCAGGGCAAACUAGUGGUAUCGCGAUGAAUCGUAUUCAAAGGACAGCCUUUCUCAUUUCGUCAUGGCAAUUUGACUGGUGUGUGGCAGCUGCCUGGUCGGAUACCAUCAAGUCACUUGGUAAACUAUAUGACACCUUCUACCAUCAGAGUUGCAACCCCGAUAGUAUAUUGGCCGAAGCUUCACAAAUAGAUAUCGGAAACCCCUCCCUGGACAGUGAUGACGGAUCAGUCCAGACUACUGGAGGACCUCUCCAUGGUGUAUGUGAAGGAAAUGGAGUUCCUCAUCCUGACUCUGUAUGUCAACGACUUUUUGACAAAAUCCGAUUCGUCAUACUCGCGUCACUGGAGAAUCCGGACGUCAAAAAGCGUAUGCUCAAUUCGUACCUCCAUACCUUGUGGCAACAUAUGUGGCGAUAUGAAGCAGUACAGGGUGAGUACAGAGCUGCCCAAUUAGAGAGCAUUUGCCUCGAUGAAGACUGGAUGAAAGAGAUCGCCCUGGACGGAAACAUCCAUCUCGGACCUGAUUUUGGACUCUACGAAGGGAACAUUUACCGAACGCAAGACAAUCGAUCCUAG